UGGCCAUUCAGUACUCGUCGCGAACGGAUCGUGUGAACGUUUUCGCGGUUGCUCGCAUUACUGUCGAUACAGUAAAGUGAUUUUCUUGAAAUAAUCACCAGUUUAAAGCCAGAACCACAUAUUUCGCAAUCGACACUGCAUUCAUAAAUACAAUACAACCGGUCCGACCGUUGUGGAACGCGAAGUUAAUAUGAAUUCAUUAACCUCGCUCUUAGCUAUUUUUAAAUGCUGUUUUCAGUGAUUAAAAUGAUAGUGAUUGACGCCAGCAAAACAGUGCUGCAUGGUAAAUAAAAGAACAGAAAUCAUGGGACAGUAGAAUCCUGAAGCUGAUAAGAACGGACAACGGCUAUUCAGCGUCUCAUCGCGUCGCGAGGUGCGCCUUUAUCAACAAGCUUGUAGAGAGCACCAUAUCAUAUGUUGAGCCAACAGUGUUGUGGCAGCUGUCGUCCGACAGUGAAAUACAUUCACCAUCUUUCGCUACAGCACAGCUGAUUGAUAAAACGCAUUGCUUCUCAAUUAUUAUCGAUAAUCCUCCAGCGAUUAGUGAGCCUGUGAGAAAAUCGCGUGAUUCGGGAGUGUUGAAGAUAUCAGUUUAAUAUCUAAGGCGGGUGCUCCUAUGGCGUGUUAGGGGUUAAUGUUUCAAACUAGAUGCAAAGAACGGCUUCUUUGUAUGGUUUUGAAAAUAAUCCGAAAAUAGGAUUAGAUUAGUCCACUGGCACCUGCGAGAAGCAACGGAGAACAUCUGCAGUGUCGUCGCUAGAAUUCGGUAAAGUCGAAGUUUGUAAAUUGUGCGUAGUUAGACAGGACCGUUGUCAUAGCAAUGAGUGGAGACGAGUCGAAAAAGGAUGCGUUGCCGGAGGUGGAGAAUGGCGCGACGGGGCAGCAGCAAAACGGAGGGGUGAUAGAGAAAGUGCACAUCCAAUCGGUACCCGGGGAUCUCAAGCAGAUCGUGUUGGAUGGUUUGGAAAAGAAAGGCGACCGAGGACUCUGGUUGUGGGUGCUGUUCAUCCUAUGCCUCACACCAAACAUCCUCAAUGGUUUCCACGUGUCUUCGUAUGUCUUUCUCGGUCAGAUGCCGGAAAACUAUUACUGCAUCGUGCCGACCCUUGUCCAGCGAGGGUGGACACACGAGGAGAUCCGAAACAUUUCCACCGUUGCAGGCAUCACGAAAAAUGGCACAUGUACCUUGCUCAACUGGGACUACAACCAGCUGGGUGAAAUGAACUACCAGGAAGCGCUCGCAUAUGUGGCAGAUAAACCGCAACCCGGUGCGGUGUCCUGCUUGCGAGAACCCGAUCUCGAAAUGUACUACCAUCAGGCGGAAGGGAUUUCCAUCGUUCCAGAGUGGGAUCUGAUUUGUGAACGGACCGCUUUGCGGUCCACAGUGCAGGUGGCGCUAUCGCUGGGAAAAUUCUUCGGAGCGUCCACGUUCGGCAUACUGUCUGAUAAGUUUGGACGCAAGAGCAGUUUUACCAUUGCGGCACUACUCUAUGUGGUAUCGAGUUUGUUGACCACAUUUUCUCCGUUUUAUAUUCUACUGCUUCUUGGACGGAUUGGAUUGGGUUCUUCCGCGUCGGGGGUGUUUUAUCCCGCCUUUGCUCUUUUAACGGAAAACAUCGGAAAUCGCCAUCGAUCAUGGAUGAGUAUUGCAUUCAAUUUUUCCUAUCCGAUUGGAAUGUUGAUUCUGGCGCUGGCAGCUUACUACAUUCAUCCUUGGAGAGACCUUUCGCUCGCGUUAACGAUUCCAUCAUUCUUCCUGGUGAUUCAUCUAUACUUCCUUGUGGAAUCACCCCGAUGGCUACUGAGUAAGGGGCGUGAAUGUCAAGCGUAUCAGAUGGUGUUCGGACGAAAAGCCCCCAAGGAGUUAUGUGAUAGCGCAGAGAAGAACCAAGUUAGUUCGGCGGAAGUGGCUGCGGUUCUAGCUAAGGACGCCCAACCGGUAAAAGUGCCGCUAGGGACGCGCAUAAAGCGAUCUUUCAGCGAGUUCACCAAACUGUACGGGACACCGACCCUCUGUCGGCGAGCGUUGAUUUGCCACUUCACGUGGUGCGUUACUUCGUUGUGUUAUUACGUAACUGCUUUGAACGCGGAUAACUUUGCCGCCAAUCGUAACGUGUACGUCGCAACAACCGGUUCAGUGGAUAUUUUGGCAUACAUUAUUUCAAUGAUAGUGCUCGCGUACUAUGGCCGGAAAAGCACUUCAUUCUGCUUCUUCCUCUAUGCCGGAGUUUGCCUUCUUGUGGUAUUGGCGAUUUCUAAAGAAAACACAACGCUGCUGGUUACGUUAGCUAUGUUGGGUCGGUUAGGAAUAACAGCGGUUUAUGCGGUGGUCACACUUCACACAGCAGAACUGUUCCCAACGGAAAUCCGAAACACAGCUCUCGGAAUCUGCUCGACAAUGGCACAUGUCGGAUCGAUCGCCGCUCCCUAUAUUGUGGAUUUACUGGGCCAGCUGGCCUGGUGGAUCCCAACGACAAUCUGUGGCAUAACGAUUUUGUUGGCCGGAUUUUUGACUUUGUUGCAUCCAGAAACGAAGGAUGCUGUGCUGAAGGACCACGCCAAACAAGAAGGGGAUCCCAGCGAGGACCGAGAGCCAAUGAAAGCGUAGGGUGGGUGAU